AUGCGUUUCGACACUCCCAUCAGCCAGGUGGCUCUCGUCUCUCUGCUCGCCAGUGCAGCAGUCGCCGCUCCUCGCAAUGUCAAGACAGUAGAGGUAGUGGAGGUUGUUGACAUUGUCGAGCGUGCCCCACUCGGCCUCUUGGUUGCUCCUACCACUCGUGUGGGUGGAAUCAACAUUGUUCUACCCGAGUUCUUGGCCACUUCAAAGAAGAGUUCUUCCUCUUCUAGUAAGACGAGUGCAAAGACCACUUCUUCCAGCAAGAAGAGUUCUUCGACAAGCAAGAGUUCGACCAAGUCCUCUUCGUCUGUCAAGAAGACUUCAUCGACAAGCUCGGCAAGAAAGACUUCGUCUUCGUCCUCGAAGGCUCUGCCCGCGACCUCGAAGAUUCCUGCAAAGGUCUCUAGCAUCCAGUCUAAGAUCUCGAGCGUUGAGUCAAAGGUCUCGUCCAAAUUGGCCUCUGUCGCUUCUCAAGCUACUGUUCGCAAGUCGUCUUCGUCGUCAAAAACUGGCUCUCCCUCCUCAAAGGCUGUGCCUACCACCGUCAAGGUCCCUGCACCAAUUUCCAUUAUCCAAUCCAAGAUCUCCAGCGUCGAGUCCAAGGUUUCUUCCAAGCUAGCCUCUGUCGCUUCUCAAGUCAGUGCUCACAAGCCUUCUUCAUCAGCAAAGGCCAGCUCCAGCGUUGUUCCUUCGUCGUCGAAAGCUAGCUCCAGCGCUAUCUCUUCUGUUGUAUCAUCCAGCUCUUCCAGUCUGUCCAGCUCCACAGUCGCUGCAUCUUCUUCAAGCUCCUCGGCUAUUUCUUCAUCGUCAUCUGCUUCAAGCAGCUCUGUUGUCUCUUCCACCCAAUCAUCCUCGAGCUCAUCUUCUAGCAUCAUCAGCUCUUCUUCUGCAGUCCAGAACAGCACUUCUUCGGCCACCGCAUCUUCCACCGAACCCACCAGCUCCUUUGUCUCCACCACCAGCUCUCCAGCCAAUUUCUCAUCUUCCGCUUCUCCAGACUCGUUGACCGAGUCCUCGACUUCCUCAACCCUUUCCACCUCAUCGUCAACCUCGUCAUCCGCAACCAUGACCCCCACUCCUUCCUUCUCCAACUCCAACGGCACCACCGCCCUCACAAACGACAAACGCAUCUCUUUGAUCAUCUCAUCGGUCUCUUCUCGUUUCUCUUCAGCUCUGGCAGCUGAGUCCAUCGCCAUGCCUUCCUUCUCUUCCUUCUUCACCCCUACUGGUUAUGAAAGCACUCUGCAGCCCAGCGCUACCAGCGUCUUUGUUUCCAAGGUCGAGAGCGUGUACAGCAGUUAUCUGUCCGAAAAGUCGAUUACCGUUAGUCUGCCUACCACCACUGCUUCUUCUUAG